AUGAGUGGAUUAAAAGAAACACAAAUAGAUGAUGUCCCUUUUGUUAAUGAAGUUGAAGAUAAGAAAAAUUGGGAAGAAAGGAUAAUGGCAAGUCAUCCAGAAAUUUUACAGUUAGCUGAAGAGACAAGAUUUUUAGAAGGACUUAAAGAUAAUUGGCAAAACACUCAAUUAAAAGAAUAUUCUCUUCCUUCAUUUGCUCGUAAUUUAUCAGAAAGUAGAGUAUUUAAUCCUGACGCUUUACCAGAAGAAGAGGUUAUUGCACUAAUUUGUCAAUAUUUAAAAGAACAAAAAUUACAAGAAACAAGAAUUGCUUUAGUAAAAGAGGUUUUAUCAAAACAUCCUCAAUAUCAAUUACUUCAACCUGAUUCACCUCAAUUUGUAAAUUAUACAUCUGAUCCAUCAUUAAAAGAUGCCCUUGAAGGAAUGGUUAAAUUAGGAUUAACGGAUGGUGAUAAUUUAUUUGAAAAGUUACCAUUUGAAGAAGAAGAUUUUGCUAAAUUACCAGAUGAAGAAUAUGACCAACACAUUUCUUUCCAUACAUCUACUGACACUGAUAUUCCCAUUACUGAUGAAAAUAUUAUUCCUAAUAAUAAUUGUGAAAUUAUUUUAGAAAAAUGUAGUGAAUAUCCUGAUGGUAUUGAAAUACCUGCAGCUAUGUCAACAAAUCAAUUGAUUUUAUUUACAAUGACCAGUACUGAUGUUUACUUAAAUAAAUUCUUAACUGUAUAUCGUGAUUUUAUUACACCGAUUGAACUCUUAAACAAAUUUAUUCAAAUCAAAGAUCAAAACAUUGAAAAAUUCAAAUAUAUUAUUAGUUAUUGGAUUGAACAUUUUUCAUCUGAUUUCACUACUCAAAUGAUUCCAUUACUUACUGAACUUGAAAUACCUGAAUUUACUGAUGAUAUAAUAAAAUCAAAAUUAGGUAAAGUAGCUAGUAACUUUGAUAAAUUCAAUUUAAUUCUAAAAGACCACGAAACGUUAAAACAAUAUUUCCCAUCUUAUAAAGUAGAUUUAACUGAACAACCACAAUUACCAAAUGAUAUUCUUUCAAAUAAAUUAUAUUUAAAAGAUAUUGAUCCAACUUUAAUUGCUCAAGCUUUGUGUCUAAUUGAUCAACAAUUAUAUGACUCAAUCUCAUCAUCUGAAUUUGUGAUGGCAACUGGAUCUCAUAUUUCUGCUGUAUUAAAAUUUUAUAACAUUGCUGUAGAAUGGUUACGACAAUCACUCUUUAGUGAACGUAUUCUCCCUGAUUCAGAAAAAGCAUCUAUUGGAAUGCAAAAAGUCAAAGAAAAAUUCAUGGAUAUAUGGAUGAAAUUAUAUGAUAAUAAAGAUUUCCAUUCAAUGGCAGUUUUUGCAACUGUAUUUAAUUCAGCUGAUCAUAAAAAAGAAUUUCAAAAUCGUUUCUCAAAUAGAAAAGUUGAUGCAUUCACUCUACCAACUAUGUUUGAUUCCAAAAGUUGUUAUUCUAAUUACAGAAAAGGAAUUGAUUCAUGUGUUUCAUCUAAACAACCAUUUGUUCCAUUUAUUGGAGUUACUUUACAUCAUAUUUCAUCUAUUCGAUGUGGUCUAGAUACAACAAUAGAAAAUGGUAAAAUUAACUUCCUUAAAUAUAACAGUAUUUAUAACUGUAUUGAACAAUUUAAUUUAUACAAAAAAAUACCUUAUCAAUUUACCCCUGUUUAUCAAAUUAUAUCAUUGAUUCUUCGUGGAAUGUCUGAAGUCGAAUACAUGGUUGAUACUGAAAAUAAUUAA